AUGCUUGCAUCAAUAUUUUCGCAGACCCAAGCCAUUGCCAUGGCAACAUAUAAGGAACUGUUUUAUGUGAUUGGAGAGUUGAAUAGAUAUGCAAUUCAAUAUGACAAAAGUGUUGAUCCAAAUGGAACAUAUGAAGUGAUGUUUUCUAGAAGAAGUAAUGCAUUUCAAGCUUUUAAACAUUACAACAAUGUACAAUUAGAUGAGAAGCCUAUGAAGAUUGAGAUUGUAGUGUCAAAGUCGGAUGUUCCUUUUUCACCUCGCGUCAACUUGGUUAGAAGAGUAAAUGGACAGAGGACCAUUGUCAUGAUGUGUUAUCCAAUUUAAGCAAAUCAUAGGCAAUUGAAAGUGAAUGUCUAGACCCUUUUGAUGCUCCUAAAUAUGAGGCAUUUGAAAUCUUUGUAAAUGAGGUUCUAUGUGCUAGAAAAUGGUGUCCUUAUUCAUCUGUAAAGGCUGUAAAGGCAGCACCUCAUACCUUCACAUCCGGUUCUUCAACAGGAACUGCAUGUCAUGGUGAGGACUAUUAGGUACAGCUGGCAGUAGGGCAGUGCCCUCAACAACUAAAAGAAAAAAUGAAAAUAGCUUCCCUACGAGCCAUUGCAAGCGACUCCUCAAGUACCCAAUGAUCUAUAGAUGGUUCUUUUUUUUCAAAUGUUUAGCCGUAUUUGACAUUUUCUUAGAUUCAAAAAUUUUAUCAAUAUUGAUGAAAAUACUGGAGUUUUAUUAUUUUUUAUGUACUACAAUUUAAUUAUUUAUUUUAUUUUAUAUUUUAGAUAAA